UGAAUUGUUGACUUGUCAAAUUAUACUUAUAAAUAUUUUAUUAACAUCGAUUUACAUAAUUUCUACAAUUUUAGCACUUAUAAAUAUAAUUUACACCUGUGUUAAUUUACAAGUCAAUGACCAGGAAAGCACAAAACAGUCAUGGCAAAAUUACAAAGAACUCGUUCAAGACGGAGCUCACUUAACGCUAUGAUAAACACAGAGAAAUGGCGUAGCUUUCCUAAACGGAUUUCACACGCCAAUAACGAUUUACUAGAAGAGGAUUCAACUGACGAAGACAGUCCAAAGACAGCUAACCUGAGUGACCUGACACAAGAGUUCUUCGGUCGUGAAAGCGUGUCAGAAGAACAAAUAGACCAAGACGUGGAAGUACGACUGUCGAGGAAGCAGACGCUCAUCCUUGCCACCAUGGUGCCUGAUGAAAUACUUCUAUUAGAAAAUUUCGAUGAAAAACGUGAACCAAAACGAUUUGUUGGAGUGCUUUUGAUGGCUGAUGUCUCCGGUUAUACCGCGCUAUCUGAACGUUAUACCAAUUCUGGUAAAGGCGGGACGUAUCGACUAACUGUCACCUUGAAUACAUACCUGGGUUCUUUGAUCGAAGUGAUAUACAGCCACGGUGGUGAUAUCAUUAAGUUUGCAGGCGACGCGUUCCUUGCACUGUGGAAAACAGACAAGCGAUCAUACCUUAAUCAUACUAUACACACGGCUAUAGCAUGUGCACUGAUCAUUCAACAUUCAUUCGGUUCCUACGAAACAGACGUUAAGGUGAAUUUGAAAGUAAAAUUGGCAAUAUCAGCAGGGAAUCUAAUGUUCGCUCCGAUUGGUAAAGGUAUUGAUAUGAAUUACAUAAUAUUUGGUCUACCAGUACUUGAAGCGAAGACAGCGGAAAGUCUUUGUUUAUCUGGGGAGGUGAAAUUAACACCGACAGCUUGGGGACACUGCUAUUCAAGAAACUACGAUUACAUUAUCCAUAAUGAUGGUCAUGUCACGAUUAAGUCAAUUCUAUACGAUCCUAGGGAGAAAGAUGUUACAAAGCCGUUUUUAGGUUUCAGUGGAAUGCUCAGACAAAUAAAAAAGCCUUUAAUUGGUAUUGAAAAUUUACCUGAGAAUUUAUUAGACGUUACGAAAACAAAAGUUGGGUGGGAAUCGUUAAAAACAAGUGAAGCAUUGAAUGUACGGAAAACUAUUUUAAUGGCCGAGGAAAGGAAUAUUGGUUCAGAAAUACGCAAGUUUAUGAUAAGACCGGUACUUACACAAAUCGACGCUCAUCAGCCUUUAGAAUAUUUAACAGAAAUGAGACAUGUUUCUGUAUUAUUCAUUACGCUUAAACCUCGUAACUGUCCAUUUCCACAAUUGAUUACUAUCGUCAAUAAUUCCUAUCAAAUAACAUGUGAAAUUGUAUACAAAUCAAUGGGUUGUGUUAAUAAAAUAAUUCUAUUCGAUAAAGACAUCAUGAUCCUUGUAGUAUUCGGCCUUCGUGGAUUCAAACAUGAAUCUGAAGCACAAGCUGCUUUGAAAUGUGCCUCCGGCAUAAAGAAGUCAUUGUCAGCUUUGGACGGAGUUCUCGAAGUUUCUAUUGGCGUCACCACUGGACAAGUAUACUGCGGAGUUAUUGGACACCCGCUAAGAAGGGAAUUCACUAUAAUUGGAGCAGUUGUAAAUAAAGCCGCAAGAUUUAUGUGUUAUUUUCGCAACAAAAUUACAUGCGACGAAACUACGUUUGUUAAAAGUAAAAUGUCUAGCAACGGGUUUACUUUACAACCAGCCGCCGAUUUGAAAGGCAUCAAUCAUCCUGGAAAGAUUUUUGAAUACACAGAAGAAAUAAGAGUCAAAGAAUUAUAUGACAUACCAGUACUACCUCCGCUUCUAAACCGUAAUGAUGAAUUCGAAUAUUUUCAAAAUUGGAUAGAUAACAGUCAUUUGUCGUUUAGGGAUUUCGAUGCACUCUUAUUUAUAGGAGAGUAUUGCUCUGGAAAAACUAGGCUGUUAGAAUGGCUCACGCGAUAUGUCAAAAAUAAAGGAUUAAGAACUUGCUAUCUGAGUCUUUCAUCUAUUCACUCUGCGACACCAUAUUUAGCGUUAGGUCAAAUCGUUAACGAAAUGUUAGGAUUAAAAGAACCCAUUACAGGUUUCUCAAAAGAAGAAAAAAUCGUACAGAUGCUAAAUUCUUAUAAUUCAGAUUUAUGUUAUUUGAACAAUAUUAUAAAAGUUCGUUUCGCGUACCAUGAAGGGAUUUACACUCAAGAUGAAAACGUACGUAAAGAAAAAGCUAAAAAUAUCUUUAUGAACCUUAUUAGGGCAUUUCCUGAACCUCAUGUUAUAUUUUUAGACGAUCUGCAGAAUCUAGAUGCUUCUUCGUGGGAGUUUAUUUCGAUAAUGUUAGAUGCCCCUAAGAUUUACACCGUACUAACAAUUACGCGUGGAAAAUUCAAUAGUAUUCAAAAUUGGAUUUAUAGUGUAUUCAUUAACAGCAGUAUAAGAAAGAUUGUCUUAGGACCUUUGUCUUCUCAUUGGAUACCAGCACUGGCUUGUCAAAUACUUGACGUAGAAGCCGUACCCAAGGAUUUAUGUGACACACUUAAAAGCAAAUGUAAAGGUCUGCCAGGUCUUGUAGAAAGUUUUAUAGUGAAUUUAUUCUCAAACGGAGCUUUAGAAACUAAUCGAAUAAAAAAACACGAAUUGGAUAAUUUAGAAAACGAAGAUCUACAAUUUCCCGAUACUGAGUUACUACGACUCCAAGCAGUAAGUUUAGAAGACCAAGAGGCUUUGGACCAUUUCAUGACUGACAAUUUUACCGAGGAUAUUGCAGUUUGUAUUGUAACUAAAAAGGAACAGCUGAAUACUAAUAUUAACGAACAAAACGUUGACGCUAUAAUAAUGGUUCAAAUAGACUCUUUAACGCCUUAUCAACAAUUAUUGUUAAAGAUUGCUUCGGUUAUAGGUAACGUGCUAUCUAGAACUCUCUUAGAAAGUAUCAUGUAUGAAAAUAACCCAGUAACUACAGCAAAAGCGGUAAAAAGACUAUUUGCAAUGCGUAUUUUAACAUGUGCAAAUAUAAGAUAUCGUCUCAAUAGAAGAGUAACUAAUGCAACAUCUGUAACGAGUAUAGCAGUCAACACAAAUUUAUCUUGUGAUUGUUCUUUCGAUUAUGAUCCAGAAGAAAACGAAAAUCUACCAAAAUAUGCUUUCUGUAAAGUUAUGAAAUUUCGUAACAAGAAUUCAAGAAAGACAUGCUAUGAACUGUUACCUAUAAAUCAAAAAAAAGAAUUUCACUCUCGAAUCGUAGGUUACUUAGAAAAAACGAAACAGAAGUGUCCUGAUUGUGGCGGGGUAAUUAUGAUCGUUCAGUCGGUUACAAAUAUUUCUAACUAUUCGUAUGAAGCUCGAAGAUCUAGUAAUAAAAUUGAUCACAUGAGAGACAGUGACACAAGUCUUUCUAAAAUUGGUGAAGAAAUCGAAGUAAGUAGCAUAAAUUUAGCUCAGAAUGUAUCAUCGAUGAAUAAUCGAAGUGCUAUAGAAAUAAGACGAACAAAAUCUGAAUGCAGCAAACAAGUUUUAGAGCCUAAAUCUACAAUAAGCGAUAGGAAUACACAAUUAAGUUUAAAACAAGCUGAUAAAUUAAAUUCACAGCCUUUAACUAUUUUAAAAAAUAAAAACGAACGUUCAGAUACAUUUGAUGCUAAUCGAAGAUCGAUGAAAAGAGUAACAAUGACGAGUUUACUUUCUAAAGACAUUAGUUUUACUGAAAUGAGUAAUUCUAAGUUAUUUGAUAUGCUACGUGCUGUUACUGAAGCAAGUACAAUUAACGAGUGGCACGACUUAGGUGUUGUCGACAGCUGUGACGAUGUCAACGAAAACGGUAAAGGAUAUUUCAAACUUAAAAUUGAAAGAGGUGUAUCAAAAACUCGAUUUGAGAAAUGUGCUUGUUUAGAAUUAAAUAUAACUAUAUACGAACAACUUAUAAAUCACGCAAGAGAGGCAGACUUGAAAGUGAAAAUGAUAGAAUUUUUAAUCAAUUAUAGUUAUUUCAAUUUGCUGGCAAACAACUUUGAAUGUAUUUACCCGAAGCUAGGUGAAGCUGAAGAUAUUUGUUCUGAAAAAGCUGUUGAAAACUUGACUACAUUCGACAAGAGAAGGUUUUUAGGACGAAUACAUUCUCUGAGAGGGGCAGCUUUAUUGAUGAGUGGGAAAUUAGCUGCUGCUAAGAUCAAUAUAGAGAGAGCUAUUAAAAUCUACGGUUUUAAUCUUGACAAAGUGUCUGAUUUCUUCAAUAUUCGGAACAUAAUCACAGCAACUCCGUUCAAACGCAGCAAAUAUUUAAAACAUAGUAUGAUUAUGAAAGCAGAUUCCAUAUUUUGCCUAAAUGUUACAACCCUAUUGUUUUCUGCUUUAGGUGACGAAAAUAUUUCAAGAAUAUCAGCACUCCGAGCUUUAAAUUUAACGCAAAAAGUAGAAUGUAAUAUUAUAGAUUUAUGCGAUGCCUUCAGUAACGCUAUACAAGUAGAACUGGUCCGGGGAAACGCUGAAUUUACGAAAGAUAUAGAACGAAUGGCGAUUCUUACUUUUAAGAAUCUGUCACGGCCGAUUCAGGCGGAAGAAAUGUUUGCAAUUGGCAAGUUCUUUAUGGCAUCAUUUCGUGGAAGACUGGCACGAGGUAAACUCGCUGAAGCCAUUCGUUCAGGGUUUAGAUCCCUCGUCAUCAGUAGAUUUCUCCACGCCGAUAGUAUAUCACUGGACAUGAUUCCUGACCUAUUCUAUAUUUUACUUUCGAGACGUCGCAUAGAGGAGGCUAUUGAUAUACUCAAAUUGUCUUUCCAAUUCAGCCACAAACAAUCUACGACAGAAUGGGAAACGUGGUAUUACGCUCUUUGUAUUGACCUUAUUCUAGAUGCGGGUUUUCAGUUGGAAACCCCCAACGAAAUCAGUCGAUACGCAGAGCAUGCAUUAUACUCAGGAGUCCCAGCGGGUCUUAGCCGGCGCAGACUAAUUGUAGGUCUAUGGACGUAUUGGUUACGUGCAGAUGUUGAUCGUAAAGCGAAACGAUUCGAGGCAGAGGCUUUAAACUGGACAGCUUACGAAGAAGAUGAUGGUUCAUUAAAUACCCUACUGAGCGCAAUGAGACUAGCGGAAGGCAUGCUUGAAAGCCUUGCGAGAAAAAUGGACGAUCUACGAAAGGUUGUUGAUCUCAUGGAAUUAAGAUCUAUCGCCGAAAGAGAAUUAACAAGACUGGAAAAAGAUGCACGACUGAUGCGCGCCAUUUACCCAAGAUGGAUGUUAUUAAAAGGCAACUCUCUUUUUUUAUCUGGUCGACAGAAUGCGGCAAUGACAACUUAUAACCACGCAUUAGAAGAAUCGCUUCGCAUCAAUAGUCAUUUGGAAGAAGAGUUAGUAAGGGCAGCAACGUCAAAUUCGAGAAUUUGGAUACAAAGUGCACGAACUGGUAUUUUUAUGCAUUGGAGGGAAGGUUGCGAACACGCACGCUCGUCUUGGCAUCAUAUUAUGUACAGAAUAACAACUACGCGGUCUUAACCACUGUAAAUUGAAAGCGAAAAAAAAUAAUUAAAAUAGGUUCUAUUGAAGAACUAAGCACAAACUUCUCAAAAGAAUUAUUGGACUUUGAAAAAGUUAUUCUUAAUGAAAAU